UGAUCCUAACACACCAACCAUUAACUGCAGUAUAUGAGAGAAUGCAUCCUUGGGAACUUCAGGAGGAGAUUGCUUGCAGUACUUAAAACUGAUAAUGAUCUUCAACGGCCUUCUAUUUUGGAGUCUCUGAUUCGCAGACAUAUCAGCAUUGUCCAUCUUGCAGAGCAGCAUAUUAGCAUGGAUUUAACCCAGGGUAUUAGAGAAGUUUUGCUCACAGAAGCCUUCUCAGGACCAGUUUCCUCUCUGCACUUGUUUGAAAAAGUGACAGAACAACCUACUGGAUCAGCUGCUGAAGCUGUAUGUAACUGGUACAUAGAAAAUAUAAUCAAAGAUGUAUCAGGUGCUGGAAUCCUGUUUGCACCCAUUCAUAAAUGUUUCAAGAGCACAAGGCCUGUUGGUGGAUACUUUGCAGACUCAGUUGCUGAUCUGAGAGAACUACAGGCCUUUGUUCGUAUUUUUGGUGGCUAUGGAGUUGACAGGCUAGACCAUCUGCUGAAAGAACACACAGCUGCUCUUUUAAAUUGCAUUGACACCUCAUUGCGCUCAAACCGUGAAGUGCUAGAGGCAGUAGCUGGCAGCCUGCAUUCUGGUGACAGAAUAGAGAGAGAGGCAUCUAUGAAACAGGUUGUUGAUUUGGAUACAGUGAUUGAAUUUUGUGUUCAGGCUGGGCUAGCCCUGGCUUUUGAUGGGCUUCUGGCUGAAGCUGCUGGAGCUGUGCUUGAAGAAGGUGCACCCUUGAUAUAUUCAUUACUAGCUGAGGUAGUUAAGCAUGUACCUGAUGCAAUACCUGAAAAGAAGGAAAUUAGGAGAUUGAAAGGAGUGGCAAAUAGUGUCGGUGUGGUCUGUGACCAUGAUUCCCAGUGGGUGAGGUCAGUCUUGGGAGAAGUCGGGGGUGCAAAUGAUGGUUCGUGGAGCCUGUUACCAUAUUUAUUUGCCACCUUCAUGGCAUCUAAUGUUUGGAACACCACUGCCUUCAAUGUUGAAACAGGGGGCUUCAACAACAAUAUCAAUUGCUUGGCAAGGUGUAUUAGUGCUGUGAUUGCAGGAAGCGAGUUUGUUAGACUAGAACGUGAGCAUCAGCAGAGACAAUCUUUCUCAAAUGGACAUGUUGAUGAGACACUAGAUUCUGAAAUACAGAGCCGUUUGUCAGCUGAGGCAAGCAUAAAGUCCACAAUGCAACUCUUUGUAAAAUUCUCUGCAGGGAUUAUACUAGAUUCUUGGAGCGAAACUAACAGAUCUCAUCUUGUAGCACAGGUUAUCUUCCUAGACCAACUUUGUGAGAUCUCCCCAUACCUUCCAAGAAGUUCUCUGGAACUCCAUAUUCCUUAUGCCAUUCUUCGGUCAAUAUAUAGCCAGUACUACACGAAUAAUCCAUCCUCACUGCUGGCAUUACUAACUGUAUCACCCCGCCAUUCUCCUGCUGUAUCACUAUCACAUGCAUCCCCUGUAAUAAGGCAGGGCCGUGGUGACUCAACUCCUCAGUAUCUCACUAAUGAUUCAGGCUAUUUUAAAUCAGCAUCAUCAUCAUAUAGUCAGGAGCACAUUUAUGAUAAUGACAGUGGAAACUUUCGGGGGAAUGAAAACAAACACCGGAAUGUUCGCCGGUCUGGGCCACUGGAUUACAGCUCAAGUCGUAAAGUAAAACAUGGUGAAGGGUCAACUUCGGGAAGCACAGGUCCCAGUCCAUUACCAAGGUUUGCAGUUUCUAGGUCUGGCCCAAUAGCAUAUAAGUAGAAAGAUGGCCAACAACAAAGAAGAGGGCGGUAAAUUAUGAUAUAUAUUUUCCCAAGGAUAGUUAUAUGUGUAUAUAUAGUUACUGAGAUAGUUCAUAAAAAUUUUGACAUAAUGUAUACCUGAAAUUACUUUCCUUUUUGUGGUAGCCUUGAUCGUGUAAAUUAAUGCCAUUUAUUUCAUUCCUUGAACCUCCAAGCU